GGUAUUGUUAUCACUCGCUGAGUACACAAUACAACACAUCUGUUCGACUCUUUCUCUCGUAUUCCAUCAUCGCUGCUACUGCACGUACCCCCCAUCUCCUUCCUUCGGAUCCCCGUAGAAUCUAUAUUGAUUGCAACCGACAUGGCUAUCGAAGCAUACGAUCUCAUCCAAGAGGAUGCUUUGAUACAGCUCACCAGAGCUGAACUGCAGGCGUUGGGCAAGGCACACAACGUCAAGGCUAAUCUUAAAUCUGCCACCAUUAUCUCUCAACUACUCAAAAAAUUCCCCGACGGUGUACCCAACCCGAACACUAAUUCGGCUCUUGCACCUCGUAAGAAAGGUAGGACAAAAAGGGGAGAUGCUAAGAAGAAGAAAGCUCAAAUCAAGAAGGAGGAAAGCGUCAUUGCCUCUGUCAUGUUCUCGAACGGAGACAGCGGGCUUGAACACAAUGAGGGGCGAACUUCGGCAUCACCUUCAGGCAACCCUCCUAUAACAAAUGAUGAAGUCACAACCGAAACCGUCUCACGACCGACAAAAAGUCGUCCCGCACGAGCUACUUCGCGUAAACAAACCGCGUUCGAAGAGCCUUUUAGUGCGUAUCCCCAUCGCUGAGGCAAGGUUCUAUGUUGAUGGUUGUCCCUGAUAACCAUUAGGACCAACAUUAUCUGUACAUUCCCCUACAUCCUCCCCUGCCCACCCAGAAAUCGUCGCACUCCCUGUUCCAACAGAAAUCGCCACCACUC